AUGGCAUGUUGUCUUUUGGAUGCUCGUAGUAGUCGUUACUUACCAAAACAAUUAGCUUCUACAACACAAAAUUAUGAAACAGAACAUUUCUUUUUUAAUUAUGAUACCAACUCACUCGAUUGUAAACUUCUUACAACAAAUAUCUAUUAUCCAUACUUUGAAAAUAUUUAUCCAUUUCUUAUUAAUGAAUAUGAAUUAACUGAUGAUAUGUUAAAUGUAAUUAAAUCAUAUACAAAUAGUCAAACAAAUGAAUCUUAUAAGAAAACAAAUCUCAAUUUACUUAGUGCGAAUUUCGAUGAUAUCGAUUGGAUAUAUGUUAAUAAACUUCGAUCAUUAAUUCGUAAUCUAGUUAAAAUAAAUCUAAAACCUAUUUAUUAUCGUGGUUUAAAUCUAAGUGAUAAUGAAAUUAAAUAUUAUAUUGAAAAACAAAAUAGCUAUUAUUAUACAAAUUCAUUUUUAUCAUUUACAAUUGAUCGUUUAUUAAUUUAUCCUGGAAAUGCUAUAUUAAUACUAAAAACAGAAACAUCAAGUAAAAAAGCAAAGAAAAAUCUGGCUAAUAUAUGGAAAUGGAGUACAUUUAGUGACGAGAAAGAAGCACUUUUAUGUGUCGGAACAAAAUUAAGAAUUAUAAGUGUUCAUUAUUAUGGUUGUAAAUGGGAAAUCGAAGUUGAAUUAAUGGAAGAUGAUCAAGAAGAAAGUUGA